CUGUUGAAACUACACACAAAUUAAUGACCUGCAACUUUUGAUAUGGAUCAUGAAUACAUUAGAUUACCAGCAGUACCUUUUAGCUAUUAAAUGUAACACGCAACUACACCUGAAGAUUUAAUUUGCUAUGUGAAAUAAGGAGAAAUUUCGGAAGAGGAAAGAAACAAAGUGGUCAUUUUUAAACAACUUAACAUUGAAUCAACUGUAUUUUCUGGAAAAAUAUGGACGUGAUUUUCACCUUAGAAUAGUGUUGCCUGAAGAUUUACAAAUGAAAAAUGCAAGAUUAUUAUGUAGUUGGCAACUGAGAGCAAUACUUAAUGGAUACCAUCACAUAGUACAACAGAGAAUGCAGCACUCUUCUGAUCUAAUGAGCUUUAUGAUGGAGUUGAAGAUGAUUUUGGAAGUUGCUUUAAAGAAUAAACAAGAGUUGUGUGCACCACCUCCGCCUCCCCAGUUCUACUCCAGCCUUAUUGAAGAGAUAGGAACUCUUGGUUGGGAUAAACUUGUAUAUGUGGAUACUUGUCUCAGUACCAUCAAGUUAAAAGCUGAAGAUGCUUCUGGUAGAAAGCAUCUAAUUACUCUCAAGUUGAAGGCAAAGUACCCAGCAGAAUCUCCAGAUUGUUUCGUGGAUUUUCCUGUGUCAUUUUCUAUUUCCUGGACACCACAGAGCUCCUUAAUAAGCAUUUACGGUCAGUUUUUGGCAGCCUUAGAAUCACUGAAGGCAUUCUGGGAUGUUAUGGAUGAAAUCGAUGAGAAGACUUGGGUGCUUGAGCCAGAAAAACCUACCCGGAGUGCGACAGCACGCAGAAUUGCACUAGGAAAUAAUGUUUCAAUAAAUAUAGAGGUUGACCCCAGGCAUCCUAGUAUGCUUCCUGAGUACUGCUUUCUUGGAGCAGAUCAUGUGGUCAAACCUCUGGGAAUUAAGCUGAGCAGAAACAUACAUUUGUGGGAUCCAGAAAAUAGUCUGUUACAAAACUUGAAAGAUGUUUUAGAAAUAGAUUUUCCAGCUCGUGCUAACCUGGAAAAAUCUGAUUUUUCUAUGGAUUGUGGGAUUUGUUAUGCCUAUCAGCUUGAUGGCACCAUUCCUGAUCAAGUGUGUGAUAACUCCCAGUGUGGACAGCCUUUCCAUCAAAUAUGCUUAUAUGAGUGGUUGAGAGGACUACCGACUAGUAGACAGAGUUUUAACAUCAUAUUUGGUGAAUGCCCAUAUUGUAGCAAGCCAAUUACCUUGAAAAUGUCUGGAAGGAAAUCCUGAAAUAAGAAUGCAACAUUUCUAUGAAGAACUGGCAACUUUAAAAAUUAUCCAAAGGAUUUUAUUUGAUAUCAUCAUAGAAAAUAUAA